AUGGGCCGUAGUGGUGGUGACUGCCGCGAUCCCAGUAAAGGUCAGAUGUACGCCAGGGUUGGAACAUCUAACGGCCGGGCCGGCAUCUUGUACUCGUGGUAUCAGCCCAAGGUCCAGACGGACACCGAACGUCACAAGCACUGGUACCUGACUAUUGUUGUCUGGGUAUACUCAGAUAAAUGCGACCCAAUGACGGACGACUACCGCGUGGUUGGAGUCAGCUACUCCAAUGGUAAAGAAACCUACGAUACAUCAGUGAGCGGAAACACACUCUAUAGCUCCGGUGACAGCGGCUCUGGUCCCGGUAACACACACCCCAUCGUCGGAUACGACAGCCUGGUGAACGUUUUUCCCUCCCAAGAUGGCGUCGAGUACGCCCUGAGCCCGCCAUUGAUCAGCUGGAAAAAGCUUUCUCCCCCAGCGAUAGAGCAGCUCAACGGCAUCCAGUACGAAAAAGCUAGGUGUCCUUUCAAUGACAACAAUAUUCAAGCCUCACUGGAUGCUGCUUUCAAUGGAAACUUCUACACCAACCUUGCAGCCGAGGCAGAUAAGUGCAACCCCAUUCCACCGGCGCCUGCGGCCCCCAGUACUGCUAAGGAGGUGGACUUAGUGUGCAUGAAUCAGGGCCCCGAGUUUGAUCCCUCGAACUGCGUGUUUUCUCCCAUACAGAAAGACGGAACUGCCAUUGACGAAUCGGAUUCGGAGGCUAUCCUCAAUCUAAUGACUGCUGAGACAUUCUUUCGAUACAUUAAAGGAAGAAAAGCAGACCUUACCGAUACGUGUGUGUUUUACACCAAAGGAGUCACUGCUGCUGGAGCAGCUACGGGUUUAUCCUCUGCUGCCACAGAAUGGGCGUGUGGAGAGUCUAAGAAGCCCCGGUACACAAUUUGGGUAUGCAACAUCCCAGACUUUUCGAAAGGGAACCAAGGCCCUCAAAAUGAUGAAGCUAAUCGCCCAGCCCACACAGAAUCUGUUUCCUAA